CGAAAAAUCUUCAUUCAUUCAUUCAUUCAGAUCGCAAUGCAAUGUUCUUGUAUAAAUUAAAGUUGUAAAUAGAGGACUAUAGGCCUAGUAUAUCUAAUUUACAUGUUUGCAGGUUUCCGACUGUGAAACAUCUACAUACAGCUUCAUUUCUUAUAGGAUUUGUACUCGUUUGGCUGCUUGUUUGGCUUGGACAUGGCUGACAAAGUGAAGACGGGUAUUUCUGCAGCAUUCAAGAUGAAUGGUCUCGCACUCAGAAGCAAUGCACUAAAAUACCUUGUAGCAGCUCUCACACCAGUCACAGAAAUUGAGAGAAAUCAGUGGAUUGAGAAAAUUAUUGAAGCAGUCCAGAAACAGCCUUUAUCUUCUGCUUUACUGGACAAGGCUAUCAUAGAGGCUGCCAUCAAUGAAUGCAGCGAUGGUGGAAAGGAAGAGAACGAGAAGAUGUUUAACGUCAUUGACUCUUUCACAGUACCAAGAUAUACUUACAAUGCAGAAAGAAAGAAGUUCCUGAUGAGCAAUGAUGCCCCUAAUCUUCAUGCCUCAGCAAAGUACAAGGCGGAUCUCUUUCGAGAGAGGUAUAACAUCUUGCUUCAGAGGACAUCUAGGCAUAGUCUCUUUUCACCUCCGGUCCAGGGUGCUUCCACUGAAACACAGGGCAAGAAGUUUCAGUUAAAACCAGUUGAAUUUCUCUUGGGGAGUACAGCCAAGCUGGGAGAACUGAUUGUUUUGGGUAUGCUCACACAGCUCAAAGAAGGAAAAUUCCAUUUGGAGGAUCCUACUGGUGCUGUCCAACUUGAUCUGGCCAAAGCACAGUUCCAUACAGGUCUGUUUACAGAGAACUGUUUUGUGCUAGCGGAAGGCUGGUAUGAGGAUGAAGUAUUCCAUGUAAACGGCUUCGGCUUCCCCCCAGCCGAACCAGCAGAUACCACAAGGUCGUACUUUGGAAAUCUGAAUUUCUUCGGAGGACCCUCCGCAACCUGUGCCAAGUCUUCCACCAAACUCAAGCUCAGUGAGCAGGAGAAGGAGGAUGCCAUGAUGGUAUUCCUCUCCGAUGUCUGGCUUGAUAAGGUGGACGUUCAGGACAAGCUUCGGAUCCUUCUGACUGGUUACUCAGAAAUGCCUCCGAUGUGCUUUGUCUUCUGUGGCAACUUCACCUCGACACCCUAUGGCCCCAGUCAUAACAAGAUCCUCAAAGAAUCACUGCAGACCCUUGCUAACAUGAUCUGUGAGUUCAGUACCCUGGUAGAGCAGAGUCGAUUCAUCUUUGUUCCAGGCCCAGAGGAUCCAGGUCCAGGAAACGUCCUACCAAGACCUCCAAUUCCAGAGUGCCUAACAGAAGUGAUCACUAGUAAAGUUCCUACUGCAGUUUUUACAACGAAUCCUUGCAGAUUACAGUAUUGUACACAAGAGAUCAUCGUCUUCAAAGAAGACAUUGUCAUGAAGAUGUGCAGAAACUGCAUCCGUUUCCCUGACAACAACAAUGAAAUUCCUGAUCAUUUUGUGAAGACCAUUGUGUCACAGGGACAUUUGUGCCCCCUACCCCUCCAUGUCUGCCCCGUGUACUGGGCCUAUGACAACGCUCUACGGAUAUACCCCCUACCUGAUGUCAUCGUCCUGGGGGACAAGUAUGACCCUUUCACUAUCACCAAUGUUGGUACAACAUGCACAAACACUGGAUCAUUUUCAAAGAGUGGAUACUGUUUCAAAGUGUACUACCCACACUCCAAGGAAAUAGAAGACAGCAAAAUUGAUGAAAUGCCUGCCUGAGGGGGCUGCUGUGAUAGACGAUGGUAGAAUUCUCAGAUGUGAUGUCGACUGUAGCAAUGUGGAAAUUUAAACAAAAGUAGCAGAUUUUCACAUUUGACACAAUGGGCCAAGGAAUCUGGUAUACUUAUCUAGCUCAGAAAAUAAAAGAACAGACAUGAUAACUGGAAAAUAAUACUCAUCAAAGUGCCCACAUACCUCCUAAAUUAUGUGUAACAAAUUAGAAUAUGAGAUUUUACCUGAACACAGGAUUUUGGGUACUGGUAAAUGUUGAUUCUUUGAUUUUAAUAAAUUCAGGGUAAUUCUAAAAUUGAAUUUAGUUUGCAUAACUUCUCGCUUAAAAUGAGUCAUUCUUUACUUGAACAAUGAUUUGUAAUUCUGGCACUGACCAGAUGGCCCUUAUGGAAGGACAUGUGUGGUGUGUAUUAUUGUUCGUAAAGAGAGAAUCAGGAAACCAAUCAUUUUAAAGUGUUGAAUACUGCAUCCCUGUAUCCUAUUUUUAAAACUAAGGAAUGCUGAUAAAAGAACAAAUGAAACCCUCAAUUUUGUGAAAUAGAGUAGUGUUUCAAAUUUUCCUUUUUUUUUUUUAAAUGGAAAAAUUGUUGUAUCGAGCAAAAUGUUACUCUAUAAUAGAAAGUUGUAAAACAUGCUACAUUAUCAGGACACUAAAUUUGAUAUGGUAAUGUAGAUUUCUAUUAAUUUCUCAUUUUGGCAUCAAUUGAUUUUUCAUGUAUUUAUUUAUAGUUGUUGUAAUAGUAAUACAUGAUGUACGCUUGCUAGUGAGAGUCGACUGCUACUAGUUGAGCUGGUAUGCAAGAGGGAAAGCUGUAGGGACUUUCCCCAAA